UGGCAGCCUCACGUGUUUACCAACACCGUGUUCUCGCCGUACCGAUCGAGCUGUUAUGAAAUCAUUCACCAGAACAACACAACACGUUCCGGUGAGCACGCUCCGCAUCGCCCCAACAGCCCCCACGUCGUGCGUGCCCAGUGCGUGAACGCGAUCGCAGAGUGCCGUGGACCGCAAUGUCCGCCUUCCCGCAGACGUCCGAGAGCGACGCGUGGACCCUCCUGUCCUUGAAGUCGGCGCCCGCGAGCCCCUCCAAGGUGCAGUGGAGCCCCGAGGACAAGGGCGACGCCAUCGCCCGCAUCGAGGGCCGCGACAUCGAGUACCUGGUGCGCCAGAACCGCAUCGUCAUCGGCCGCAACAGCUCACGUGGCGACGUCGACGUGAACAUGGGCCACUCGAGCUUCAUCUCGCGCAGGCACCUGGAGGUCUUCUUCGACCACCCGUUCUUCUACAUGCUGUGCAACGGCAAGAACGGCGUCUUCGUCGACGGCGUGUUCCAGCGCAAGGGCGCCCCGGCCAUCCACCUGCCCAAGACGUGCCAACUGCGAUUCCCCAGUACAAACAUCCGCCUGUCGUUCCAGUCCUUGGUGGACGAGAACAGCGAGCCGCCCCCCAAGGUGCGCGAGGUCUCGCCCGUGCGGAUGCGUGACCGGUCCGGGGGCGGCGCCGCCCCCGGCGGCAUGGGCCCCCUUCGAAUAAAUAUCCCGGACGCCAGCGACGUAUACGUGAGUCCGUUCCCCUCGCCGACAGGUACUAUAAGCGCAGCCAAUAGUUGCCCGGCUAGUCCUAGAGGUAGCCCCCGCCGCCAGUCGCGUUGCGUGGAUUCACUCCCCCUUUUUGUAGGAGGGCACGGUAGGAGAAACGUGUCCGCUGAUUUGCAGAUGGUGGCGGCUUACGCCGCCCAAGUCGCGAGGAGGGACGACGGAGGGGGUAGUCACCAUGUUCAGAAUCAUAGUCCGGACCAUUAUAGGCAUCCUACCUCAAAUGGAAAUUCGGUACCUCCCGUCGUUAUCAAUGAUGGGUAUGGGGCAAGUAGUAGCAAUAAAGACGAUUCGAAACCGCCAUAUUCUUAUGCGCAGCUUAUUGUUCAAGCGAUAGCCAGCGCACCAGACAAACAGCUCACUUUAUCUGGGAUAUAUAGUUACAUCACUAAGCAUUACCCGUAUUAUAGGACGGCGGACAAGGGCUGGCAAAACUCAAUCAGGCAUAAUCUCAGUCUGAAUAGAUAUUUUAUUAAGGUCCCCCGCAGCCAAGAGGAGCCCGGCAAGGGCAGCUUCUGGCGCAUCGACCCCCAGUCCGAGUCCAAGCUGAUCGAGCAAGCGUUCCGUCGACGACGGCAGCGCGGCGUGCCAUGUUUCCGGGCCCCCUUCGGCCUGAGUUCGCGAAGCGCCCCCGCCUCGCCGAGCCACAUCAGCAUGUCGGGACUGAUGACUCCCGAGUGUCUGUCGCGGGAGGGCUCGCCCACCCCCGAGCACAUGCUGGAAGUGAGCCAAUCUGCCCCCGGCAGCCCCGGCAAUCAGACGGUGGCGUACGCCGGCUCCGGCACCAUGAUCGGCCACCAGCAGAUGACGGCGCUGGUGGGGGCCACGAAGGCGCGGUUGCUGCUGCCGCACAGGAACGACUUAGGGGACCAGGUGGCUAGUGCCAACGGGCAGGAGCAUAGAGAAGAAAAGUACCACAUUAUGGCAUCUAAUGUCGUGGAAGAACGGUCUCUGUCGCCUGCUACGUUUUCGCCGCAGCCUGUUAUUGUUCAGACUGCUAAUUAUUCACCAUACAGCGGUGGGAACAACUACGGCGCUGUAGGCUUAGAUCUAAAGAGACACGUGGAAGAGCAGAGCAUGGGGAGUCCAUCGAGUCCCGGGGACAACCAAGACAGCCUGCAAGAACCGGAGGUGAAGAGAUCACGCCACGAACAAGCGCAAUACGACACAGAAUAGAGCUAAAUUAAGAUAGGGUCAACCAAUAAUUUUUUUUAUCAAGUCACAUGGAAAAUUGUUAAUUGUUGUAAAUAAUAAGGACACGAAAUUAUUUCAGUAUUUAAGGAAAAGUGAAGUAACGGUGACAAGUGACGUCGUUUGUGAAUUUUUGCAAAGAAAGCAGUUGAUAUUUCUUGCUAGUUUGUACCGGUGAUGAGUAAGCGCGACCACUUGUUAUUGUUACAGUUGUUAAAAAUCUGAUCUUUUGUUGGUUAUGAAAUUGUUACGGUCCGAAAGACGAUUCAGUUUGACGAGGGACUUAAAAAGGGAAAACGAUGCUGCCGUAUUUUCAUUAUUUUUUUUUUAAACGAACCAAGUGAAGAAGCUUAUAGCAUUUUUUUCGGUUUUAUAAACAAUUAUGGCAUAGCUGGUAUAUGUGGAUAAUUGUUUAUAAUUUUAUAUUUUGCGUAUAAACAGUCUACAUUUAUUGUUAGUUCUACAUGUAUACAAAAUUAUAUUAAGAAUAUUUAAUAAAGUACUAUUAUUGC